AUGGGCAGGUACAGAAGUCGCAGUCCUAGUCCAUAUACUAAACCUAGCGACAAGAGAGAGGAAGAUAAAUAUUGGGAAAGGUAAGAAAGCGUAAUGUUAAUACAAUUGCUUUAGACGUCGUGAAAAACGAGCUAACAUAGCAGCAGACGGAGUACGACGAGUAUGGGGACUGUCGCCAACUCGUGAUGAGCUACAACAGAUAUACGAAGAGUAAGUCAUUAUAAAUUUUUAACUUUAAUGUUUAGGUUUGACGAGAUUCGAAGAAAGAAAGAAUCAGAAGAUAAGAAGGCUGAAAAAGUCAAAGUAAAACAGGAAAAGAAGCACAAAAAGCGCAAAAGAGAAAGGAGUUCAUCAGCAGAAUCAGAAGUAGAAGAAAAAAGGAAGAAGAAGAAAAAGAGAAAGAAGGAAAAGAAGAGCAAAUCAAGCAAAAAACACAAAAAGAAGAAGUCGGAAUCGUCAGAAAGUUCUUCAGGUAAUGAACAAGACACAAAAGAUGAAGAGUGGGUGGAAUUAACAAAAGAGAUCAGAGAGGAAGUAGAACAACAACAACGUAUUGAAGAAAUUGGACCUCAAAUUCCAGAACAUUUACUUAAGAAGAAUGAAGUCAAGUAUUUUGAAUUGGAUGCGAAGUAAGUAAAACAACAAGUUUGUACUAUAGUCUAUAGCUCUUUUCAGAUGAUUUAAAAGUGAAGUAAUUUCAAUCUACAGUAAUCUAAUUUCUCUGUUUGUAAUAAGUUAUUACUUAUAUUUUGAUUUUUAGUGACCGGAAGAACAUGCCCAGAGGAGAAGCAGCAGCUAUGGCCGCUUAUGCAGCACAAGGUAAACGUAUACCCAGAAGAGGUGAGAUUGGAUUGUCAUCUGAUGAAAUAGCAACGUUUGAGCAAGUCGGAUAUGUGAUGAGCGGAACUCGACAUAAGAGUAUGGAAGCUACGCGAUUAAGGAAAGAAAAUCAAGUAAGUUUUAAAUGCUAUUUUCAGUGACAUUUCUAGUGUAAUUUUGUUUAUGGCAAAUUUUUGUUUUCAGAUAUUGACGGCAGAAGAGAAACGUCUUCUUAGUGGAUUCACUUCAGAACAGCGAAAAGAAAAGGAGGAUGCGGUUAUGAAUCAGUUUAAAAGUUUGGUAUCUUCUAAACGUGUACAGCAAUAA